GUAAGUACAUGCACACACGCUCCUAAUUAGUGGUGGUGUGCUGAGCAUCUGUUCAGAUUUGUAGGCUAGAAGACGGACAUAUUCAACGGAGAAAUAAACCUUAGAAAUUAAUCGUUUGCGCCUAGGGGGAGGGACGGCGGACCGAUAGUUUUAGAAAAUAUAUAGGCAUAAUAAUGUCAAUAUUAAGUGACUCUGGAUUUGAGGAGGACUUCCAUAGCCCGCCUCCGCCUUCCACUCACCGACCAGCCUCUCAAGCGCAGGAAGAUGCCGGGCGAUACCCACUGGUGGCUGAUUGGCAGCUGUCUCCUGAUUAUGAUGAAAAUUGCUUCAACACUCAGAAACGCAACGAAAGGGAAUUUCUAACUAGCGACUGCUUAGCUCAUCAGCCGCAGGUAAACGCUGAAGCUCGUUGUAAACUUGUGAGUUGGCUCAUCGCUGUUCACAGACAUUUCGAGCUGUCCUUCGAGUCCUGUUGUCUUGCCGUUAACAUCAUGGAUCGCUUCUUGGGCACCACCGCUGUGGCGUCCGACUGCUUCCAGCUGCUUGGCGUCACUUCGUUAUUAAUAGCCAGUAAACAGGUGGAAGUCUGCUCUCCACGCAUCAAGCAGCUGCUGUCCCUGUGCUGUGGCACCUUCUCACGGGAGCAGCUCUGUAACCUAGAGUGCCUUGUGCUUCUGCGUCUCGGGUUCCGUCUGGCUGCCCCCACACUGGCCUUCUUCCUCCAUCAUUACACCCUCUCAGCCAGUCACAUUCUACGUCAGGACCCUUUCAUUUGCAGCAGACUAUCUAAGGAGAUGUCAACCAAUCAUGGCCUAACCCAGGACUCGUUAGUCAGUCUUGGCCAACCACAGGAGACCUCCAUGACCUGCCACAGCUCGCAGGAUCUCACUCUCAGGCCUAGCCCUCAACAGCAGCACGUGGAGGAGCUCAGGCGCAGUACAAACAGUGUGCCGCACCUCCAGUUGGUUGAGCGAUGUGGGAGCUUGGCACGGCGGAUAUGUGAGCUCAGUUUGGCAGAUUAUGCCUUUAACUGUUACUCGCCGUCAGUGACGGCACAGAGCGCUGUAAGACUGGCACUGGAGCUGCUGGGGAUGAGCAGCGCAUCUCUGCAGGGCUGUUCUCCUGUGGAGGGACCUGACCUCAGACUGCCGCAGGGAGGAGACAUUGAGAAGGAUCUUCUUCAGAACUGCACUGAGAAACUCAAGCUCCUUGUGUCACUCAAUCAAACGGCCUUGCAGACUCUAAUGGAUCUUCAAAAUAGCAAGUAUAGGGAGGAUUUUAUAGAAUAA